AUGGGCGCGUGCGCGACCAACGGGUGGCAUUGCCCGCACCCGAGCUGCCGCUUCUUCAACGAGGACGACGAGCUGCCAUUCUGCCAGAUGUGCGCGCGCAUCCGUUCCCGCCUGGUGCAGCACUCGUCGGGCGAGUCGAGGCCGACAGGGCCCGGCCGCGAGGAUGGUUCUUCCGUGCAGCCCGCGGCCGGACAGGAGACGCCAGUGCAGCGGCAGCGGCAUCGGGCGGCGUACGAGGCCCGAGCCGUCUCGCGGGCGGAGCUGAGUGGCGUGCCGCGCCGGCCCGCGCCGCGACUCAAUGCACGGAGGCCAACACCGCUGCCGGAUGACGAGUGGGAGAAGAUCAAGGCCGAAGCUAAGGCAAAAGCGGAGGCGGCGGCCGCGGCUGUCGCGGAGGAGCAGGCAAGAGAGGCUCAGCGCAGUGCGCCGCGUGGGAAUGCAUGCGACGCCGGCAACGAAUCAGCUGAUGCGGAUGAGCGUUCCCGGGGCGACUCGUCGGGUGAGGAAGAGUACCAGCAGCAGCUGAAAUCUCGUGCGCGAGCCUACAGAGCAGGGCAGGCGGAGCGAGAGGCACAGGCGCCGGCGGAGGCGGGACGUCCCAGCAGAAGGCCGAAUGAAUCGCCACCGACGACUGCGCGCCGUGCCACUGCUCACCACACCACAGCGCUGCAGUGGGACCGAGCGGAGGCGGCGUGGGCCAAAUUCGCGGCUCGAGGGCAGGAGAUCUGCAUGCGCGACGUGCCAUGGCCAUCGCUCGAUGCGGCAUCCCUACGUCUCGGGCCACGGCAGAGCGAGGCCGAGCGCAAGAGCGCCUAUCGCACACUCAGUCUUCGGUGGCAUCCAGACCGCUUCGUGCAGGCCUUUGGCGCAAAGCUUCGUGCGGACGAGCGCGAGGGUAUCCUGCAGAAGGUGACCGAGGUCUCGCAAACCAUCAACGCCAUGUUUCGUGACCACCUGUAG